AUGUCAUACUUCGACCUGGAGAAUUACUACAAGGGCCAAUCUGAGGAAGACUUGGAGGAAGAAAGUGUGGUUUUAACGCUGGUCCCAUUUACUGAGGAGCCAACCACAGAAUAUCUUCCGGAAUCAAAUGUUUCUUCAAGCAUAAGCCACAAACCACCAGCCCGUUCUGUGGUGAGGCAUGAGGGGAUCAAACAACCAAGAGCUGUGUCAAGGACAAGAACCAUACCAGGCACCUGUCCUCCGCCCAUCCUGCCUCCUAUUAGCAAUGUGUCCCGCGACACUCUAAGGGAGUGGUGUCGUUAUUAUAACUUAAGUACGGAUGGCCAGAAAGUUGAGGUUUAUUUGAGACUUCAGAGACACUCAUAUUCUAAACAAGAAUGUUAUAUCCCCCACACAUCUCGUGAGGCCAAAAUGAAGUCGGGUCCCAGGAAACCCAAGAUAGUCUUCAGAGGAAUUGGGCCUCCGAACAGCUGCCAUAGCCGGAAACAGGAGAGUGGUAUUCUGGAAAUUCUAACGUCGCCUAAGGGGUCCACAUUUGCAGCCUGGGGAAAGAUUGCCAUGAGAGCUGCCCGGUCACCAUCUAAGAAUCGAUGUCCUCUUCCCUCUAAUGCAGAGGCCUUUCUGCCACAAACCACUGGCCUCAGAUGGUGUAUUGUCCAUGGCAGGCAGCUCCCUGCAGAUAAGAAAGGCUGGGUUCGCCUGCAGUUUUGCGCUGGUCAGACCUGGGUUCCAGACAGUUCCCAAAGGAUGAAUUUUCUCUUCCUGUUACCAGCCUGUAUUAUCCCAGAACCAGGAGUGGAAGAUAAUUUGCUAUGUCCUGACUGUGUUCACAGCAACAAGAAGAUGAUGAGAAAGUUUGAAACUAGAAGCCAUUCAAAGAAAAAAGCCCUAUCCACAAAUAUGCCAUCUUAG